GGAAGUGUUGCUGACUAAAUUAAACAGAAAAUGGCGAUGGGAGGGUGUGAAAGAGUUGUGUCUACUUUGUUUCAGCAGGGUGUACUUGUCAAGAUGUAUAACCUCAGAACAGGUGCUAGUAUUUACUUGCUAUUAGUACUCUGUUCUGUCUCCUUAGUCUAUGCCGAUAUCACGGAUGGCAGCAAUGAGCAUUUAAAGCGGGAACAUUCGCUCAUGAAGCCAUAUCAGGGUGUGGGAACUGGUUCUUCAAGCCAGUGGGACUUUUGGGGUAGCACAUUGGUGACCAGCCAGUAUAUUCGUCUGACACCUGAUGACCGCAGCAAACAGGGUUCAAUCUGGAAUACAGUGCCUUGUUUUCUCAAAGACUGGGAGAUGCACGUUCAGUUCAAAGUACAUGGGUCAGGGAAGAAGAAUCUCCAUGGAGAUGGCAUUGCCAUUUGGUACACAAGAGAGAAACUGCAUCCUGGGCCUAUCUUUGGAAACCAAGACCACUUUGUUGGCCUGGCCGUAUUUGUGGAUACCUUCCGUAAUGAUCUCCAUGGAAUGGACCGCUCCUUCCCUUACAUCUCGGCCAUGAUAAACAACGGCACCUUGUCAUACGAUCACAGCAAGGAUGGCCGCGUGACGGAACUGGGGGGCUGCUCGGCAGAGAUCAGGAACAAAGACCACGACACGUACCUGGCCAUUCGCUACUCCAAGGGCAGACUUACGGUUAUGGUCGAUGUCGAUGACAAGAAUGAAUGGAAGGAAUGCAUUGAUAUUGGUGGUGUUCGCCUGCCUACAGGGUACUACUUUGGGGCCUCUUCUGCCACGGGGGACCUUUCUGAUAAUCAUGAUAUCAUCUCCAUGAAGAUGUACCAGCUGAUGGUGGAACAUACCCCUGAGGAGGACAAUCUGGACUGGACUAAGAUUGAGCCCAGCGUCAGCCUGCUCAAGUCUCCCAAAGACAACAUUGAUGAUCCAACGGGUAAUUUCCGCAGCACUCCUCUCACUGGUUGGAAGGUCUUCCUGCUUCUGCUAUGUGCCCUUCUGGGGAUUGUGGUCUGUGCUGUGGUGGGAGCUGUAGUCUUCCAAAAGAGGCAAGAAAGAAACAAGAGGUUCUAUUAGAUGGGAGAAAACUUAAGAGACACCAGUUGAAGAAAGCAAUGUGAAUUUUUUAAAGAUUGUAUAAAAUCACAAUGUUUAUACUGCUGUUCUGGAGUAAGAGGGUUACUUAUGGUAUUUUCCCAUAUUUUUCACGCUGUAUAAGUGGCCCAUGACUACAAAGCAUCCAGGUGACAUAAUUGACAAGGUGAAAGCUGAAUUUUAAAUGUUUCGUUUCUUAUACUUUUCUUUUUACAUACUUGUCUUUUGAGAAAGUUUAGAAUAUUUGAGUUUUAAACUGGAAAUCAUUCAAACCCCUCUUCCCCCCUGAAAAAAUUGGAAUUAAAUUUUAACAUUUUGUCUUCCAAUGGAAUUAUGUAAAGAAUCAUGAUGGUUUUACUUCCCUUUUUGAUUUUGUUUUGUUCCCAUGCACUCUGAUUGCACUUGUUUACAAAUGUAUAGAAGGUUGUUGGUUUUGUUGCUUUCUUUUUUUCCCCAGACCAGCUUGUGCUUUAAAGGAGAUAUCUUUGUUUGAACUGAACCCUGGGACAGUGUGUAGACCCAGCCUUAAAGCUGUUUUUGAAUGUUAGCCAUGCCUCAAGUUUCUUUUGAAUUAAGAGCUGUAGGGCUGAACUGUGCAAAGAGAUUAAAGAAAAACAUAUGGUGGGGUCCCCAUGGAAACGGUGAGAAAGCAGCAAAACUUAAGAACUUGUUUUCGUGAAGUCCAUUGUGAUGGAACUAUAUGAAGUGUUGUUUCACAUAUGAAAGAAAUAGAAAUUGACAUGUUAAAUGUGGGAUCCAUCUAUGGUUUAUAUUAGAACUUGUGUGAUACAAUGCAACACGUUUAUGGUAAACGUUUAUCAGGUUUAUGGCGUAUUGUGUUGCUAUCAGCCUUACCCAUGCAGAUUUCAGUUGGGUUGCAGUGUUGGGGUAAUGCAGUUACUUCCAUCUGUCAGACUACAGAGUAGUCUACCACUGUUAAUGUAGUCAGUGCUGAAUGCUAUCAAGAGAGUGGGUGCUUUAUUAACAUCCUCAUACAGUUGUCUAUGAGUAAAUUACAGUAUGUACGUAAGACGGAUGAGGCCAAACUCACAACUGGUAUAGCAGUUCGUUUGUAGACAUACCCUUUGAAACUGCAUCAUUAAAUGAACAUAGAUUUUUUUUUUUUUUUUUCAUUUAGGGCAAAUUACACUUUUGUAUGAACCUAACUGCAGAACAGUACUACUCUUAAGACAUUACAUGGAGGUGGCAUUCAUCAAGUGCAAACAGUGUUUCCGUCAUCAAACAUGGCUGCUAGUACUCUACACUUUUUUUUUUACAAGGCCUCCCUGAAUCUGCUGUAAACACAAGAAUUAAAUCUAGCCCCUUUAAUUUGCAAUAGAAAAGUACCAAAUAUUUGCACAUUUUUUCCUGUGUAGCCAGAGAAUGUGGCUGCACAAGGCUGUCUAUUCAACAGUGCGUUCAGUUCAGUUUUGUACCAGGUAAUGAAUGCAAACCUGUGGUACUUACUGCUUUUCAGUAAAUAAUAAAAAUGUACAAUAUUGGGUUGUGUGAUAUUGGUGAUUUCAA